AUACCGCCGUAUUCUCCUCUGUGCUAUCCGGAUAUAUAUCCCAAUUCUGCCACAAAAAACAUCUUUUGAUGCUUUUGGGAUCUGUGCUUUCUUUUCUUUGAUACCACUGCCAUCAAACACUGAUUAUACACUCACUUCUCAGAGAGAAGAUCUGUAUCUACUUUUGUUUGAGUGCUGAAUCGUCGUGUUUUGCACCAGUAUUGCACCAGCAUUGCACUUUGACUUUUAUCUUCAGGUAUGCCAUUCCAGGCCAUGGUAAUUUCACUUAAAUUUGCUGCCAAUUCUUUACUUUGUGCUUUUCCAUUGCUGUCUCUGUUAAGGCAUUAUCAUUCACUUACAUUUCCUUCUUUGAAUAUGUCCAAAGAUUCUCAUCCUCUAUCUGAAACUGAUUCACACGAAACCUUGCAGAUAAACCAUAUUUCAAAUUGCGAUGAAAUCCAUCUUGAUUAUCUUCUUACCGAUGCAGACUUUGCAUUUAAUCAUUCAAUUCUUGACAACACCAUCAACCUAAUUAAGCUCCAAAUAAAGAUAUUGAAUUUCGGUCUACAAAAUCAUGACCAUCCUCGUAAGCAUUAUACCGACCUAUUUUCGUCUCUUAAACUACCUCUAAUUUUAGCUGAUUCCAUUCAAAAUAAAUUACACAAAGUUCAUUCUCUUAUCUAUGAGCUUCAAAAACUUGAUGAUAGACCUAAAAACGUGAGCCGAUAUCCUUUUUUUAAAUCACUCUUGUGCUCAAAGUUUCUAAAUAGCGAAGUUUGUAGACAUUAUCCAAAUUGUAUCUACGCUCAUAAUGGUAAAGAAAUUCAAGAUCAAAACUAUCCCAUUAAUUUCAAAUUACUUUUCUGUAAAUUUGACUCAAAUUGCGACCAUCCUGUUUGUCAUUUUAUUUUCAAUCGAUAAAAAAAGAAUAAACAAUAAAUUCAUCUCCCCUCCACAAAUCACAAUAUGCAUAAUGCCGUGAUAGCUGCUGAUAUUUACAUUAACAUGCUGAGUCUACUUAUAGUCUACUAUUAUUAGAUUUAUAUAGCAACAUACUUUCUUUUAUUAUAACGAGUUAAAA